GGGCAAAGUCUCCCGGGGAGAAGUCCCGCUAUGAGACCUCGCUGAACCUCACCACUAAGCGCUUCCUGGAGCUGCUGAGCCAGUCGCCUGAUGGUGUGGUGGAUCUCAACUGGGCGGCCGAGGUCCUGAAGGUGCAGAAGAGGCGCAUCUACGACAUCACCAAUGUCCUGGAGGGCAUCCAGCUCAUCACCAAGAAAUCCAAGAACAACAUCCAGUGGCUGUACGGGCAGUCGGUGGGGCCCCCGGGCCGGCACCGGCUGCUGGAGAAGGAGCUGCGGGAGCUGCAAGCGGCCGAGCGGCAGCUGGACGACCUCAUCCAGACAUGCACGGUGCAGCUGCGCCUGCUCACCGAGGACCCCGCCAACCAGCACGCAGCCUACGUGACCUGCCAGGAUCUCCGCAGCGUUGUGGACCCAUCGGAGCAAAUGGUGAUGGUUAUCAAAGCCCCCCCGGAGACCCAGCUGCAGGUCUCGGACCCAGCGGAGGCUUUCCAGGUCUCCGUGCGAAGCACUCAGGGCCCCAUCGACGUCUUCCUCUGCCCCGAGGACAGCUCGGGGGUCUGUAGCCCCGUCAAGAGCCCCUUCAAAGCCCCCGCAGAGGAGUCGUCCCCCAGCCAUUCGCAGCCCAGAUCCUCCCCGCUCCUGCAUCCCGCCCAGGACGUGAAUAUGUCUCUGCUGCCUGGAGAGCAAGAAACACUGCUGCCAGGGACGAGCGCGCUGCCCGGCAAGUGCCCAGCGGAGGAGGUGAGCCUCUCGCCGCUGGCCUCCAUGGACGCCCUCCUGGAGCAGAGCAGGGACGAUUUUUCGGGUUUCUUGGCGGACGAGUUCAUCAACCUGUCGCCGCCGCAGGCGCAGGACUACCACUUCGGCCUGGAGGAGGGCGAGGGCAUCAGCGAGCUCUUCGACUGUGACUUUGGGGACUUCACACCCUUGGACUUCUGA